CCGCGGCCGCGUCUGCCGCGGGCCCGGGCCCCAUACAAAUCGCUCCGCCGCCCCCGAUGCCCCCGACUCACCUCACGACCUCCACCACGCCGGAGGACAUUACCUGCCUCGUACCCGCCGGAGCGGUUCUCACGCCCAGGGACCCCUUGCCGCCCAGCACCACCCCCGGAAGUCAGGCCAACAGCUCGCAAUCCGGCAGCUCGCAAACCGACAAAUCUCCCAACAUCGAGUGCGUGGUCUGCGGGGACAAGAGCAGCGGCAAACACUACGGGCAGUUCACCUGCGAAGGAUGCAAAAGCUUCUUCAAGAGAAGCGUGAGGAGAAACCUAACUUACUCGUGUCGAGGGAAUAGGAACUGUCCCAUCGACCAACACCAUAGGAAUCAGUGCCAGUUUUGUCGAUUGAAAAAGUGCCUGAAGAUGGGCAUGCGCCGGGAAGCCGUACAAAGGGGUCGAGUGCCACCGUCGCAGCCGUCGCUACCAGGUUUGCCGGGACAGUUUGCCCUGACGAACGGCGACGCGGUCGCGUGUGCCAGCCUGAACGGUCAUUCUUACCUCUCGUCGUACAUAAGUUUGCUGCUGAGGGCAGAACCGUAUCCGACCUCGCGAUACGGCCAGUGUAUGCAACCGAACAACAUCAUGGGAAUCGACAACAUCUGCGAGCUCGCGGCGAGAUUGCUGUUCUCGGCGGUCGAGUGGGCCAGAAACAUCCCGUUCUUCCCGGACCUUCAAGUCACCGACCAGGUUGCCCUGCUCAGGCUAGUUUGGAGCGAGUUGUUCGUGCUAAACGCGAGUCAGUGCUCGAUGCCUCUCCACGUGGCGCCGUUGCUCGCCGCAGCCGGUCUUCACGCUUCCCCCAUGGCGGCGGAUCGCGUCGUCGCCUUUAUGGACCACAUCAGGAUCUUUCAGGAACAAGUGGAAAAGUUGAAGGCUCUGCACGUCGACUCGGCCGAGUACAGUUGCCUCAAGGCCAUCGUCCUCUUCACCACAGAUGCGUGCGGAUUGUCGGACGUGGCGCACAUCGAGUCCCUUCAGGAGAAGUCGCAGUGCGCGCUGGAGGAGUACUGCAGAACCCAGUACCCGAAUCAGCCGACGAGAUUCGGCAAGCUGCUGCUCCGAUUGCCUUCCCUGAGGACGGUAUCGUCGCAGGUGAUCGAGCAGCUGUUCUUCGUGCGGCUCGUCGGCAAAACGCCGAUCGAGACGCUCAUCAGGGACAUGCUUCUCAGCGGUAGCAGCUUCAACUGGCCCUACAUGUCCACGAUGUGACAUUCUGUCUGGCGACAGCUAGCUUCCACGUAAUACCCACGCCUCGAUUCCCAAAGUCUCGUCUCGCCUCGUCUCUGCGUCCAUCCGUCGACCGAGCGCGAUCCCUCUUCGCGAGGAAUAUCCACAGGGCAGAGCGACCACGAACGAGAGGAACAAGAAGAAGAAGAAGAAGAAGAAGAAGAAGAAGAAGAGGAGACGAGCGGAGAUGAAGACGUUUCGACCUGGACGCGCAGACCUCGUCGGUGGUGGCGUUUGGAGCUUUUUCCCAGCGCGAGAAAAGUGCCGGAAAAGCGAGAACGACGGGGAGAGGAAGAGGACGCGAGACGGGGUGAGGCGGGGACGAGGAGCGAGGCGCGAAGAAAUCAUAAAUUAGCAUUUGUAAUCGUCGGCGGGGGAUCUGGUAGAUCCAUCGCUGGCCGGUAUCUCGCGUCGAUCUUCGCGUCGAGUAAUUGCCGUUAGUCGAGUCAUGCCGAAACCCUUAGUCACUCGUUUCGACGUUUCGUUGUCCGCGUUCGUUUGCCUUCCUUCGCUCGUGCCCUUCUUCCGUCUGCGUUCUUCCUCCCUCCGUCGUUCGAAUUUCGCGCCACUUCUCCGCAACCCCUCGUCGCGUCCUCCUACUUCGACUCGAAGCUUCCUACCACGGAUCCCGCUUCUCGCCGUUCUACUUCCGCCACCGC